AUGCUUCCCGCUCAACGGUCAAGACAUUUUCUCUACUCUUUCCCCCCCUUUCCUGCCACCCAAACAAGGCUUUUUAGCAGCACCUUCUCCUCUCUACUAAACCUAUGCAAGAAACCACAGCAUCUACAACAAAUCCAUGCAAGAUUCAUCCUCCAUGGCCUCCACCAGAACCCAACACUUUCCUCUCAUUUCAUUGAUUCCUAUGCCAACUUUGGCCUCCUCAACCUCUCUCUGCAACUCUUUUAUUCCAUUACCAACCCAAGUUCACAUCUUUAUAACACAAUUUUAAGAAAUUUGGCAACUUUGGGUGAACAUAAAACGACCCUUUUGGUUUACAAGGACAUGUUGGUAAAAAAAUCCAUGUACCCUGAUGAGAAGACCUACCCUUUAGUUCUAAGAGCUUGUUCUUGUUUGUUAGAUGUUGAGUGUGGGAAAAUGGUUCAUGGGCAGUUAGCAAAAUUGGGUUUUGAUUCCUUUGAGGUUGUGGGUGAUGCUUUGGUGGAGUUCUACAGGGGAUUUGGUGAGUUCGAGCAAAAGGUGGUUGAUGAAAAGCCUGUUAAGGAUUUGGAUAAUUGGAAAAGUUUGAUUUUUGAGCCACCUCGGAGCGGAAGUUCGGUCUCUAUGAUUAAUUUGUUGAGGGCAAGUGUUGAUUUGGGUUCAUUGGAUACAGGCAAAGCUGUUCAUUGUUUGGUUCUAGUUAGUGAUUUAAGUAAGGAUUUGUCUGUAAGUACUGCUUUAUUGUCAACGUAUUCAAAACUAGGUAGUUUGAAAUAUGCAAGGUUGUUAUUCAAAUAUAUGCUGGAGAAGGACCUUGUUGUGUGGAAUAUAAUGAUUUCUGCUUAUUCUCAGCAUGGAAAACCUAAGGAAUCACUUGAACAAUUGAGGUGCAUGGCAAAUUCUGGGGUUAGAGCUGAUUUGUUCACUGCUAUUCAUGCUAUUUCCUCGAUUAGGCAGUUGAAAUCUUUUGCGUGGGCCAAACAAAUCCAUUCUCAUGUUAUAAGAAAUGGUUCAGAUUAUCAAGUGUCGGUUCAUAAUUCUCUUAUUGAUAUGUAUUGCGAGUGUGACUGUUUAAUUUAUGCGAGAAAGAUUUUUGACAAUGUAACAAACAAAACUGUGGUUUCAUGGAGCUCAAUGAUCAAAGGAUAUGUAAACCAUGAUCAGAAUCUUGAUGCCCUUUCUCUUUUCUCCAGGAUGAAGACAGAUGGAGUUAAAGCUGAUUUCAUAACAGUUAUCAACAUCUUGCCUGCAUGUGUGAAUAUAGGGGCACUAGAACAAGUAAAAUGCCUUAAUGGGUACUCAAUGAAGUUUGGUCUGAAUUUGCUGUCCUCUGUUAAUUCAGCACUUCUUAUCAGUUAUGCAAAAUGCGGAUCCAUAGAAAUGGCCAGAAAGCUUUUUGAUGAAGAAAAAGUUGAUGGUAAGGAUAUCAUAACAUGGAACUCUAUGAUCAGUGCACACGCUAAGCAUGGGGACUGGUCACAAUGUUUUGACUUGUAUAAUCAGAUGAAGCAGUUGAAUCUGAAACUGGAUCAAGUUACCUUUCUUGGGCUACUGACUGCUUGUGUCAAUUCAGGCCUUGUUAAAGAAGGCCGGGCAUUUUUUAAGGAGAUGAGGGAAAUCUAUGGUUGCCAACCCAGCCAAGAACACUAUGCCUGCAUGGUGGAUUUACUAGGGCGUGCUGGGCAUAUCAAAGAAGCCAGAGAACUUGUCAAUGAAAUGCCGUUCAAACCAGAUACUCGAGUGUUGGGCCCCUUGUUGAGUGCCUGUAAGCUGCACUCUGAGACCAAGUUUGCAGAGUCUGCUGCUGAGAAACUUCUAAGAAUGGAACCAGAAAAUGCUGGAAAUUACGUUUUACUCUCAAACAUAUAUGCAGCUGCAGGAAAGUGGGAUAAAUUUGCUAAAAUGAGGAGACUUCUUAAAGAGAAAGGACUAAAGAAAAUCCCUGGCUGUAGCUGGCUACAAAUAAAUGGACAUGUACAUGAGUUUCGUGUUGCCGACCAAUCUCAUCCAAAAGCAAAGGACAUAUAUGCUUUAAUAGGAAUACUAGAGUUUGCAAUCAAGGAGGCCAGAGAUCACACUGCUGGGAAAGUUUCUCAAUGAUCAUUUUGUUCACUGGGGAAUUCGCAACAGAUUUUAGGUAGUGCAGAUCGCAAGUGAUUGACCUUUAUAAUUUACAUGAAGUUUACACCAAAGAUAUGGCCAAAAGAGGCUAGAUUCAAGGAAGAAAAUGAAGCAGCAAGCAGAUCCAGUCCAGCCAGCAUUUUGUGGUGCCUUCUCUUUUGAACCAGCUAAGAUAAGGUAUUUUCUGGUUUGCAGUAAGUUUUCUCCAUGAUUUCUUAUCGAUUUCACAUCAACAUGCAAGCCAGCUAGAAAUACUCAGGAUAUGCCUUGCUAAGGCUGCUCCCAAAUCAGACAUCUCUGGCAGCCUUUCGCCAUUUCCAUGUGAGAACCUAAAAUGAGAAGUUGCCAUGUUUGAAGCUCUUCCAAAGUUCCUA